AUGUGGGUGUGGGGUUCUUGUAAGCGAUGUGAUUGGACGAAGUCAUUUCUUGUCAGUGGAGUAGCAAUACGCCUCCUAAAUUAUUCUAUUUGCUGGAUUACUUCCAAUCAAAAUGAGGCACUCCUUUUAAUGCAGACGGAAUAUGGUAGGAGGAGUCUUAUCGUCAAGGAAAGGGAAAAAGUUGAAAAUGUUUACUUGCUGCUUCCACCUCCUUCCCUAUGUGCCUGUGAUUUCGCAUCCAUCUAG